AUGCACUCUGGCCGCGAUCCUGGCCCAUCGACAGCUCCGAGGGUUCAAACGUCGAGUGGGCUAGAUGCAAAUCCGCAGGAGACCUUCAGUACCCUCUGGUCAGAGGCUUUGCGCAAGUUUCAGCAGAGCUCGAGUGUCGACCCGAACCGAUGGGACGCAUGGCUGCUCCGGAUGUCUAGCUGUCACAAUGCAGAUGGCGUCCUGAGAGUACUCGACGAGACUAUGCAGAGGCUGGAACACUUUCGACUGGGUAACCCAAGUUGGAGAGACGUGCGGAAUAAGUACCUUAAGCCGGCUGUGCAGGUGCUCUUACUCUUCAAUGACGCGUUGACCGAGACGGCAUCAUGCUUUCCUGCUGUGCCCGGAGGAAAGGCGAUCUUCGUAGCGAUCGGUGUGCUAUUGGAAGCCACAAAUGGGGUCAGCGAACGCUGCGAAGCGCUUAUGGGACUAUUCGAAGAGCUGAACUUCUACAUGGAGAGGCUGCGCAUUCGACUCGCGAUGCCUUCAGGUCUAGGUCCAGCCUCUAAGACUAUGUCCAUCACCAUCCUCGCCCAGAUGCUUGAAGUAGUGUCCAUCGCGACGAAACUCCUCGCGCCGUCUGCAUGGCGUACACGACUCACUCUGUAUCGACAUGCGCUCACCCGGGACAAGACGAUGCAAGACGCUCUUGAUCGACUUCGCACGCUCACGGAUUUAGAGGCGCGAGCUAUAGCUGCGGAAACUCAGGUCACAGUCGUGGAGACCCAAGUCGUCGUUUCAGAGACUAGGAUCACCGCCAUGGAGACCCGCGAUGCUGUCUCCGAGAUGCAGACUGUGCUCAAGAGGAUAGAGACUGAGAUCGCUUUGAUGUACCAAGAGCUUUUGCGUACGCCGCGUUCCGAGCUUCCGCCCUAUACAAGCACUGAUGCCUCCAAUCCUGGGAUUCUGGAGAAGCUUGACAGAGUUGGAUCUGCGGAUAUAGACGCCCAGAACUCGAACGGAUGUCUAGAGGGCACGCGGGUUGGCGUUCUGAACGAUCUGCAGGACUGGAGUCGCGAUGCGCACGCGCCGAGGAUCUUUUGGCUUGACGGAAUGGCCGGAACUGGCAAGUCUGCCAUUGCGCGAUCUUUCUGCUUCAACCUCCGUCGGGACGGUCUACUAGGCGGAAGCUUCUUCUGUUCACACAGAGGUGCAACGGAUCAGUCGGACGCUCGGCGCAUCAUACCUACUCUUGCGAUCUCUUUGGCACUAUACGAUUGGCACUUCAAUAUGUCGCUGCUGUCGGAGCUUGAUAAACAUCCUUACUUGAACGACUGGAACCCCAAGAGUCAGGUGAAGCACUUGCUCAGUGCCCCUUUGGCUGCCCUGGGGACCGAGAACUCGCGUCCUCCGAUUUUGGUGAUAGACGCUCUCGAUGAAUGCUCGGAGAAACUCGCCACCUACGAUGUACUUGUGGCGCUCGUCGAUGCCAUUCCUGCUCUCCCGGUCAAGCUCUUCCUGACCUCCCGACCGGAACCUCACGUACGGGAGAACCUCGAGCGCCUUCAGCAUCUAGACCCUCCGCUUGGGCGAGUUCUUAGGCUUCAUGACAUAGAUCGUCACAUCGUGGAGGCCGAUAUACGCUUGUAUUUGAAUCAUGGUCUACAGAAUAUGCGCAGGAAGUUCGCGCCUUCAUUCGUUGACUGGCCCAGCGAAUCGGAUGUCUCUGCAUUGACGCGUUUAGCGGAUGGCUUGUUUAUAUAUGCGUUCACAGCAUUGAUGUAUGUGCACAAGAACCCAGUUGGUCGGCUGGCCAAGCUCACGGGCGCUGCUAUCACAGCAGGUCCUGCUAUGACGAAAGCAUUGGAUGACAUCUACGAGGUCGUCCUGUCAGAAGCCAUGGAUCCUCGCGAAUACGAAGCGGACGAGAUUGAACAUACGCGCCUCAUGAUAGCCCACAUUGUCAACCUCCGUGCACCACUGAUGGUGGCUUCACUUGCACAACUACUUGGGAUACCCGCGCCAUCCCUCAGAGUGUCCUUGGACCGGCUUCACGCCGUCAUCUACGUUCCCACUCACGAUGACAGAGGGGCGCUUUCCACCUUUCAUGCUUCUUUUGGCGAUUUUCUCUCGUCGAGGAGCCGGGUUCCAGACAUGAACCCGUAUAUCUCGGAGAGUCACGUCGAACUGGCAGCGGCGUGUAUACGGGCCUUGAGCUCCGAUAAGCUCUAUUUCAACAUCUCACAGGCGUCCACCUCGCACUUGCCCAACGAUAAGCAGAAACUCGCUCGGGUAGAGAACCCGCUGCGUUAUGCAUGCUUGUACUGUGCAUACCAUAUCGCAUCUGCCACUUCGGACGUCAUCAUAUCAGCCCUCGAGAAGGUCAUCGUCGGACCAAAGUUCCUCUUUUGGCUGGAGGCGCUCAGUGCUAUGGGUGCUACAGCCGAGGACAUCAUUGAGAUGCUCGAUCUUGUAUUGACCAAAUGUACUUCCUACUUGUUUGCAUCACGCCGUUUCACCGAAUUCAUGCUCUCUGCGAAGGACUUCGUGCGAACGUUUGGGCCCGCCAUCACGCGAAGCGCGCCACACGUUUACCUCUCCGCGCUGGCGCUCAGUCGCAAAGAAUCACUUGUGCGCCAAGUAUGCCUGCCUUCGUUUACCAAGCUCGCCCAGACGAUGCCACAAGAUGCACGAUACUCUUCCGACUCCUUCGGACCUACGUGCGCUGUCUUCUCGCCAGACGGAAGGCACUUCGCAGUUGGCUUUGAUGAUGACAAGAUUCGUAUCUGGGAUACCGACUCUGGCGUGGUGGUUUCACCUCCCUUGGAGGGCCAUGAUGAUAGUAUCGCCUGUAUCGCCUUUUCCCCAGUCGAGACUGGUCGGAUUGUGUCCGGAUCUGAAGACCAAGAGCUGCGAGCGUGGGACACCGAGGGGUCCACGAACGAGACCCCUCCUCUUACAGGUCACACAGACGUGGUCACCCACGUAGCCUUUUCAUUCGAUGGUCACACCAUCGCAUCGAGUUCAGCCGAUGGUAUCAUCUUGCUGUGGAACGCAGAGGACGGGACACGAUCGUGCACCGCGCUCGUUGGCCAUACCGACAUUGUGACCCACGUGGCGUUCUCGCCUGACGGCAAGUUGCUUGCGUCGGGCUCCCGAGAUCAUAGUGUAUUCCUCUGGGAUGCCCAGACAGGAUUGCCUGUACGACAGGCUAUGAAGGGACAUUCACAAUGGGUCAUGUCCGUCGCCUUCACUCCCAACGGACGUCGUAUCCUUUCGGGUGCACGCGAUGGCACAGUGUGCGCUUGGAGUGCGGAGACGAGCGCGCUGUUAGCUGUGUACACUCCUCUAAAGUGCCACAGCCACUGGAUUCGCUCCACCACCGUCGUCUUGAACAGUCCUGAAAUGGAGAUAACACAAUUCGAUGUGUGCGCAGAGUGUACCUCUUGGGAUGAGGACGAAGACAAUCCAUCGACACUGACGACGAAGCACGAGUUGCCGGAGGAGGAUUACUGGGUCCGUGCCCUUGCCUUCUGCGCGGAUGGCCGUAGAGUAGCAAUUGGCGCCAACGAUUGGGCCGUGCGCGUCUGGGAUCUAGAGACGAAUGCCCUAGUAUGCUCGCCUUCGUAUGGUCACAGCGCGAUGAUCCGCUCUGUAAACUUCUCUCCCGACGGACACCGCGUUAUAUCCUGUGCGGACGACGGCACCAUUCGUAUCUGGUGCACGGAUUCGGUGAUAUCUGAUAGCCGCAUGUACGAUUUCGGUGGCGACGCGUCCCUUUCUAUUCUGCAGUAUCCGAACGAAGUCGCGGAAUCGGCCGCUCCCUCGUUGACCAGCAAGCGCCCGCAAUUCCAUUUGGCCGCAUCGGACGACGGAUGGGUCGUGGACACGUCCUGCAAUCCACCUCGUCUAUUGUUAUGGCUUCCCGAAGAGCUUCGCUCUCGUGUAUACCUUCCUUCUGCGCAUAUGAUCAUGGCGCCUCAUACGACGCAUCACCUCGACCUCAGCAACUUCGCACACGGCGGUCGCUGGAUCGAGUGCUCUCCGGAUAUUUCCACAUAUACCUCAUGA